AUGCCUUGUUUCAAGCAGCCUAAGCACUUCCAGAGUUUGGUACUUCUGCACUGGCCACUGAGCUACCUUGGCAUGUUUUGGAUCUUGCAGCCAUUGGCCAUUUACCUACUGUUUACAUCCUGGUGGCCACUACCAGCCCUUUACUUUGUCUGGUUUCUCCUGGACUGGAAGACCCCAGAGCAAGGUGGAAGGAGAUCGGCCUGGGUAAGGAACUGGUGUGCCUGGACCCACAUCAGGGACUACUUUCCCAUUUCCAUCAUGAAGACUAAAGAGCUAUCACCUGAGCACAACUAUCUCAUGGGAGUUCACCCCCACGGCCUCUUGACCUUCGGCGCCUUCUGUAACUUCUGCACUGAGGCCACAGGCUUCUCGAAGAUCUUUCCAGGCAUCACUCCCCAUCUGGCCACGCUGUCCUGGUUCUUCAAGAUCCCCUUUAUUAGGGACUACCUCAUGGCCAAAGGUGUGUGCUCCGUGAGUCAGCCAGCUAUUGACUACCUGCUGAGCCAUGGCACUGGCAACCUUGUGGGCAUUGUAGUUGGAGGAGUGGGAGAGGCCCUGCAGAGUGUGCCCAACACCACCACGCUCAUCCUCCAGAAGCGUAAGGGCUUUGUGCGCGUGGCACUCCAGCACGGGGCUCAUCUGGUCCCCACCUACACUUUUGGAGAAACUGAGGUGUAUGAUCAGGUGCUGUUCCAUAAGGACAGCUGUAUGUACAAGUUCCAGAGCUACUUCCGCCAGAUUCUUGGUUUCUAUUUUUGCAUCUUCUAUGGGCGAGGCUUCCGCCAAGGCUCCACUGGGCUCCUGCCGUACCCGCUGCCUAUCGUCACUGUGGUGGGGGAGCCUCUGCCUCUGCCCAAAAUCGAAAAACCAAGCCAGGAGAUGGUGGACAAAUACCACGCCCUCUACAUGAAGGCCCUGACCAAACUGUUUGAUCAGCAUAAGACCCAGUACGGCUGCCCAGAGACCCAAAAGCUGCUUUUCCUGUGACUGAAGGGGCAGUGUGCCCAAUAGCACAAGCCUGGGAGAAGAGAUUCCAUUAGCUGCCAACCAAAAGUGAGGGAAAGAGAGAAGCCAGAGGGCUGUGUGUGGUAGGGGAGGGCACUAGGAAUUCCUUCCUUGCUACAGAGCCUUUGCAGUCUUCCUCCCUGAAUUGCUUCACUGAGUCACUCCUUUAGGCCUGCCCCCUGCCCUGCCCACUGUCCAGUCCCCUACCAGAUUUCCUCUCUGAGCCCAACCUGCCAGGGACUGAAGGACUCAAAUGUUAGCCAGGCAGCCUGAGUAACCACCACUAUGGUUGCUGUUGUGCUAAUGCAUUUUUAAAUUAAGAUAUAUUUGCAUACCAUCAAUUUAACCCAUUUAAAGUAUAACAUUCAGUUGUAUUUAAUACUCAAAGUUGUGCAACUACUAUCACUAUCUCAUUUUAGAACACAUUUCUGCAACCCCCCAAAAGAAACCCAGUACACAUUAGCAGUCACUUCCCAGUCUCUCAUCCCCAGCCCCUGCCAACCACUAAUCUAAUUUCUGUCUCUAGGGAUUUGCCCAUUCUGGAUUUUUUAUAUAAAUGGAAUCAUAGACUAUGUGAUCUUUUGUGCCUGGCUUCUUUCUCUUAGCAUGAUGUUU